AUGAAACUCAUUGUUGCUGGUGGGACUGGGUUGGUGGCGACAGAGGUCAUCAGACAAGCUUUGCAGAUGAGUGAGAUCACUUCAGUCAUAGCGCUGGCGAGGAAACCAGUGCAGCUCAACAACAUCGACACAUCGAAACUGAAAACCGUCAUCAUCGAUGAUUACGAAAAGUACCCAGAUCAGGUCAAAGCUGAGUUUGCUGGAGCAGAUGCGUGUAUUUGGACUGUUGCUGUAACCCCAAUGAGGUCUAGAGGUGUUGACUUUGCAGAAGUCAAGCGUAUAUGUCAGACCUGUGCUCUAGCUGGAUUCAAAACAAUGGUUGAAGCCGGGCCAUCCAAACCAUUUCGCUUCCUUUACAUAAGUGCUGAAGGAACGCCUCGGGAUUUGACAAAAAAGCCGCUCUUCAUGGGAGAAUAUCAGCUCAUGCGUGGCGAGACGGAAAACAUGAUGCUUGCUUUUAGUGCAGACCACGAUGGAGUCGAGGUUUGCGUUGCUCAGCCGGGAAUGGUUACAUCUUCUGUGACGUUCUGGAGGACAGCACAAGCAAUCUUAUUUGGCUUCACAAACAUAUUCACUCGGGCAAUCCCCAAUAUCAGUAGGACGGAACUUGCAACGGCAAUGUUGGGUCAGGUCAUACGCGGGUUCAAGAAGGAACCGCUGACCAAUGCUGAUUUGCUUCGACUGGGACGAGUAGGAUUGGCCCCACGAUGAGGUUCGACCGACUUUUGGAUUUUACGGCGUCAAUUUCCAUUUAUUGGUUGAAUCUGUCUACCAGUUGGCUGCUGGCAAACAACAUAACCUGGACGCUCUCUAGCGAGUCGGAUAUGAGUACACAACCCAUCACUCUUUUUGG